GGGCUCCGCCCAAUGGCUGUCAUCGAAGACACUCUCAGUGAAAGCAUCGCGUGAAAAACAAUCGUCACUCAUCAAGGAGGAACUUAAGACCAAGACGGUUCCGUCGUGUCGCACUUACAUUCUUAUCCCAGUGGCCGAAGGAGCGUUACAGGAUCACUCAGAAGCAAUAUUUCUCAUGUUCAGUGGAAUACAAGGAUAUCGUGUGUCAACAAUACAUCACAAUUCAUGACAUUUUUUUACAUUAUCUGGGUGUAAAAUAUCGUUUUUUAUGACUCGACGGAAACUCUCUGCCUAAAUGAUAGUCAUUCCGAGGAAAGGAUCGCUUGUCAUACAUGCAUUUUAUAGUUUUUUCGUCUGUUAUGUAUUUUGACAGAUAGCAUAGGAUAGGAGGUUCCAAUAUAUCACACGAGUUUUCUACUUUGGUCAAAGGUUGAUCAUAUCACACUUAAAGAGACCCUAAUCGUUUCUUCACACGGUCUGGGCCUCGUGGCUGCGAUCCGAUCGAGUGACAGCCCGAUCGCUCUCCAAUAGCAGGUUGAUUUAAACUAUCAUCAUUCGGUUGAAGUGGUGUCAUCGGGCGAGACGACACGACACUUCACAUAGUUUGAGAGGCGACCGUGACGCUGGAAGACUGAUCAAGGCGCCAUCGCUGGUGGGAAACUAUCGGAAAAACUAUCCACGAAUAAACAGUUUGAAAGUAAGUCUUUGAGAGGGUCUUCGUAGAUAUUUUUAUCCUAUUGAAGUAUGGGAUGUGGAUACACAGGCCGCUGAAACGUAUGAAUGUUUGUUUAGUAUUCCAAUUCAAAACCUGGAAAAGGAGGUUGUGUAUUUUCUGGAUGUUGUAACAAGUUGUCAGGACUUCGAUACUCGGGAAAGUUCGAUUCCUAUCACCAGAAUAAUACCCGGAUGUGAUCAAAGGACAGACUUAAUGUUAUUCAAAUAUACUUCAUCGUCUCUGAAAUACAAACUUUUAUCACAGCAUAACACAUCGAAAAGACAAACAAUGGCGACGAAACACAAUUUCAGAAAUAGUACUUAAAAGUGUCAAAUCGAUUUCUUCGACCAGGUAGACAUUCCUCUUGCAUGUCAAGUCCCAGAGUGGAUUGGCAGUUACACAGGGAUAAUUGAUCAUAAAAUAAGUCACGAUAUUGAUAAGUUUCCAUUACGAUUUAAGAAACAUUUCGUUAAAAAAUGUCCAGAGGAAAUAUUGAAACGGAGUGCCAUAAAGAUAUGGCAGAGUCAGAAAGCUUUCCUAACUUUAUGUUCGGCGUGCGUGGGAGAGUGGGGAAUGACGCUGAGGUGAUGAAACAGGUGUCUAGGGAAAGACAGGUGAAAGGUUAUGAUGAUGAACUGGCCAAGGACAGCGAGGAUAACGAAAACUCCAUAGACGCCUCAGACGGCGAGGGUGACAAGAAAUACCCUGAUUACUGCCGGACGCUUAAAAUAACCGACGCCAACGGUGUGAUAAAAGAACUAGUCUUCCCAAAAGCCCUCGACUUGGACCGCCCAAAGAGGGCGCGCACAACAUUCUCUGCGGAGCAGCUGUACUAUCUUGAGCGGGAGUUCCAGCGGAACCAAUACCUGGUGGGCCGCGAGAGGACGGACCUCGCUCAGAGACUCAGCUUAUCAGAAACACAAGUCAAAGUUUGGUUCCAAAAUCGAAGAACGAAAUUCAAGCGGGACAAAGCCAAAGACCAAGAAACAAAGAAAGCAAACGCCGAAAGUUUGGCCACGUGUAACAUACUGCGCAUGCUCCAACAUACAUCACCACAGCCGACGUAUCUCCCGCCAUUUUACCCGCCAUUUCCUAUGGACAAUAACAACGGGACAUACGAAAGCUAAUACUCUGGUCGCAACAGCCAAUAGACAAUAGUGAGCUGUAGUUAGGCAAGGACCCCGAAUGACGAAUUUCGCUAGAAAUUCCCAUAUUUGACCGAUUUCACGCAGGUCAGUUGCAGCGCCAUCUCAUAACAUAUCUGGUUACUAGCGAAAUCGGAAGUAUCUGAAUCGAAAAUAAACUCCCGCAAAACUUUAGCAGUUUGCCGGGCACAUUUUAAUUUCGCCAUUCGCAUUAUUACU